AUGGAGAUCCAAAGACGCGGUGGUCCAUCAUUUCUCACAUAUUGGAUAUUUUUGCUGCAAAUGUUAGGAAGUGCGCGUCACGGUGCAGAGGGACACGGCCGUCUCAUGGACCCCCCUGCACGCAACUCUAUGUGGCGGUUCGGUUUCCCCAACCCUGUUAACUAUAACGACAACGAGCUGUUCUGCGGAGGAUAUGCCGUCCAGUGGGAGCAGAACGGGGGACGAUGCGGUGUGUGCGGUGACGCGGAGAAUCUCAACGUGCCGCGCCCACACGAGGCUGGCGGCAUGUAUGGAAAGGGCAUCAUCACCAGGCAUUACAGUGUUGGACAGGAAAUAGAAGUAGAAAUAGAAUUAACGGCGAAUCAUCUCGGAACUUUUGUGAUGAAGCUGUGUCCGAACAAUAACCCCAAGCAAGAGGCCACUCAAGAGUGUUUUGACAGGUAUCCGUUAUACAUUUCUGGUACUCGUGAGGAUAGAUUCCUGAUUCCUCUUGAUACGGCGAAGAAGGAUACAUUCAGAUACAGGGUGAGAUUGCCAGCAUAUGUUACCUGCACCCAAUGCGUUUUACAAUGGACAUAUUAUACUGGAAACAUGUGGGGUAUAUGUCCAAAUGGUACGGAAGCGGUCGGUUGUGGUCGUUCAGAAACCUUCAGGAAUUGUGCCGACGUGAGUGUUGUGACCAGCACCGGUGGGCUUCCUCCUGCCUUCGCCGGAGACCUCCGCCGUGACAAUCCCUUCUUACUCUACUAUAGAGACUAUAGUAUGCCACAAAAUGUCUAUCCACUUGUUGUCAGCAAUGAUAUAUCUGAUACUGAAAGUGAGGCAGACGUAGGUCCACUCGUCAUUAGAGAUCAAGUAUGCGUACCAACUGACGGUUACCGCGUGAUUCCCGGCAUGUUGAGCUGGUGUGAGACUAAUUGCUUACGGUACCCUCCUAACUGUCCGGAAAAUCUUUGUCACUGCCCACAAGUCUGCGAAGCGAUCGGAGAGUUGGAAGGUCGUGAAGGUGCCGACGUAUACUGCAUGGACCAAUGUAUCGUGUAUCCGCCUCGCUGUCCCAAGAACAGAUGCCGCUGUUAC